GUGUCGCCGCAUGGAGGCCCUUUUCCGUCUCUUGAGAAGUGUGGUACACGCCGUCAGACACCAUGACUGAGUGGGAGACUGCGCCCGCCGUCGCUGAGACUCCAGAGAUCAAGCUCUUUGGCAAGUGGAGCACAGAUGAUGUCCAGAUCAAUGACAUUUCCCUGCAAGACUACAUUGCCGUAAAGGAAAAGUACGCCAAGUACCUGCCGCACUCUGGAGGCCGCUAUGCCGCCAAGCGCUUCCGCAAGGCCCAGUGCCCCAUCGUGGAGCGUCUGACCAACUCCAUGAUGAUGCACGGCCGCAACAACGGCAAGAAGCUGAUGACCGUGCGCAUCGUCAAGCACGCCUUCGAGAUCAUCCAUCUGCUGACUGGAGAGAACCCUCUUCAAGUCUUGGUGAACGCCAUCAUCAACAGCGGGCCUCGUGAGGACUCCACCCGUAUCGGGCGUGCUGGUACCGUCAGGAGGCAGGCUGUGGAUGUGUCACCCCUGCGUAGGGUCAACCAGGCCAUUUGGCUGCUGUGCACAGGAGCUAGAGAAGCUGCGUUCAGAAACAUCAAGACAAUUGCAGAGUGUCUGGCUGAUGAACUGAUCAACGCAGCAAAGGGUUCAUCCAACUCCUAUGCGAUCAAGAAGAAAGACGAGUUGGAGAGAGUUGCCAAGUCCAACCGUUAAAUGUAGUUUCUGAAAACAAUAAAUUUGGAUACAUCA